AUGGCCAAGGACGGGCGCACAGACGGCACAAAUGAAGAAGGGGGGCGCUCGGGGGGCGGGCAGCUGGCCUCAACAGGAAGCAGCGGCGAAGUGCUUAGGGGCAGCGGGGGAACAGGGCAGGCCGACCAGCGGAGUUCACACGUGACGUCCGGGGCCGGGGUGAAGGAUGUCCGAAUCGUGAAUAGGCAGGCACAACAUGCGGAUGGAUCGAGGGAGAACCACGACCAAGAGCGUCUGCGGAAACAAGGGCGAUGGGAGAGCUACAUGCCCGGGGAGGGGGAGUAUGGUAGCACGACAGCCAGCGGAAGCCGGCGGGCGCACGGGGCACGUGGGGCGGACCCAAAGCGGGCGUGGGGUAUGGGAUGCCAUACGAGAUGGGGACGAAUCACGACGUCUGAUCGGGGUACCUCACGACAGCUGUGCAUGGAGGGCGGAUGCGCAGACGGGCACGGUCUCCCACGUCUGAUAGCCGGCAAGGUCGAUGGAUGUGGCGCGCUAGGCCACGUGUGGAGACGCCCGCUCCCAGAUGGGUGGUGGCCUUGCAUAGACCAUAGUAGAAACUCACAAAGCCUCGGCCUCCCUCGGGUGGUUCCUCGACAAUGCUAA